UCCUCUUAGGUCCAACCAGAAUGCAUGCAUGGCAUCGCAUAACAUAUCGUGUCGUUUCCCUUUUGAAACACCCAAGAAACAAAAGGGAAAACGCUAGAAUCUGAAUGGAUGAUCAAGUUUUCUGGGGAAUGUCCAAAAUUUGCAAUAUCCAUUGAGAAUUGGUGAAGGUUACUGUACCCCCAUUGAAUUCGACCACUGCAUCGUGAAUUUAAUAAUUUGUUAUCAUUAUAAUUAGGUUUGGAUUAUAUUAAAAAAUUGGGGAAAAUGACGACGAGAAUGCAAUCGGCACCAGGAAGCUCAGGGUAUUUGGAUGUGUAUCCCGACCGAAAAAUCUCGUUUUUUAAGAGUCCUUUUAUUCUCGGACUCACUGCUGUCGCUGGUAUUGGUGGCAUGCUUUUUGGCUACGACACGGGUGUCAUAUCAGGAGCACUUUUGUAUAUUAAAGAUGAUUUUGAAACAGUUAAACAAAGUAAUUUUCUUCAGGAAACAAUAGUGAGCAUGGCAAUUGCUGGUGCAAUAGUUGGAGCAGCAACAGGAGGAUGGAUAAAUGAUGUUUAUGGACGAAAGAAGGCCACUCUGAUUGCUGAUGUAAUAUUUAUUUUAGGAGCAAUUGGCAUGGCAGCUGCAACAGACCCUACUGUUCUCAUUCUGGGACGUUUAUUGGUUGGUUUGGGUGUUGGUGUUGCAUCUGUUACUGCUCCUGUGUACAUUGCAGAAGCAUCACCAUCUGAAAUAAGAGGCUCAUUAGUAAGCACAAAUGUUCUCAUGAUAACUGGUGGACAGUUUCUUUCCUACCUCGUAAAUCUUGCUUUCACACGGGUUCGUGGGACAUGGCGAUGGAUGCUUGGGGUUUCAGCUGUGCCAGCAGUGGUUCAGUUUUUUCUCAUGCUUUCUCUACCCGAAUCCCCAAGAUGGCUCUUUAUGAAGAACAGGAAAAAUGAAGCUGUUGAUGUGCUUUCCAAGAUCUAUGACAUCGAUCGCUUGGAGGAUGAAGUUGAUUUCUUAACGGCUUUGUCAGAGCAAGAUCGCCAAAGAAGGAAGAACAUAAAAUUUGGUGAUGUUUUUCGAUCAGAAGAAGUCAGACUGGCAUUCCUCGUUGGAGCUGGACUUCAGGCUUUCCAGCAGUUCAUAGGUAUAAACACAGUGAUGUACUACAGCCCAACAAUUGUUCAAAUGGCUGGCUUCCGCUCUAAUGAGGUGGCUCUUCUGCUGUCCCUUAUAGUUGCUGCCAUGAAUGCCGCUGGAACAAUUCUUGGCAUAUACCUAAUAGACCACGCCGGGCGCAAGAAGUUGGCUCUUUCUAGCUUAGGAGGGGUAUUUGCUUCUUUGAUAAUCUUGUCUGUGUCAUUCCUAAACCAAUCAUCAAAAGAACUCUAUGGAUGGCUUGCAGUGUUGGGUUUAGUUCUGUACAUUGCUUUUUUCGCCCCAGGGAUGGGUCCUGUGCCAUGGACUAUGAACUCAGAGAUAUAUCCUGAGGAAUACAGAGGAAUCUGUGGGGGCAUGUCAGCCACUGUGUGUUGGGUUUCAAAUUUGAUUGUGUCUCAGAGCUUUCUUUCAGUUGCAGACGCCAUUGGAACAGGUUCCACUUUCUUGAUUCUUGCGGCCAUUACAGUUUUUGCCUUUCUGUUUGUGCUGUUAUAUGUUCCAGAGACCAAAGGAUUGACCUUUGAUGAAGUGGAACUGAUAUGGAAGGAGAGAGCUCGGGGCCAUAACGCUGACUCACAGACCCUUCUUGCUGAGGGAACUCAAAACUAAUCUUAACCACACACUCACAUCAUUUUAUAUCUUUCGGAUUUUCUUAAUUACAUAUAUUUCUUUUCACGUGUACAUAUGCUCCCUCUCGUGUAUGUAUGUACACUACUUUUACCUGUACAAGCGACUGAAUUUAAAA